AUGUAUCGUUUAAUGGCUGAAGAUAAAGCACGACAUGGUAAUGAUAAUCAUGAUACAUUACUAUUAACAAUUAAUUGUCAAACAUUAAUUAAUCAUCCACGUUUAAUAGAAUUUAAUAUAACAGAAAAUAAUUUAAAACAAAUUAUUGAAAAUAUUGGUGGUUAUAAAAUGCUUGAUAAUCAUCAAAUAAUACUUUCUGAAGAUCCAUUAACAUAUAUGUCUCAGGCAAAAUUAAACUUUAGGCAAAAUUAA